CCAUGUCCGUGCUGUCCCUAGUGCUGACCUGUUGUCUGCUUGGGGCGGUCAUCUUUCUGGCGGUGAAAGUGUCGCACCUACAGCUGUCAGUCAACCAGCUAGAUGAGAAGACAGACGGAAUGCUUGGCGUCAACACUACGAAUCUGCGCCACAAAUCUAACGUGCGGGCUAAUACUACCAAUACCAAAGGUGAUGUUCGUCCAUCGGAUGUCGAUGAAGACCUUGACUUCGGGAUCAUUCGCCCUUAUACUAGGAGGUGGCGCAAGGAUCUUCAGUGUGGAAAACAGUAUCCUAUGGAGGAUGGCAGCCCGGCUGAAUGCGACCCAGACAGCUACCACCCUUGCUGCUCCCUCCACGGCUGGUGUGAUAGGACACCAAAGCACUGUGAGUGCACCGGCUGUAUCGACUUCAGGAAGGGUCCGAUAUAGACCGAUCCUGUCCAUCACAAUUAGCGCCCAACCAAUGACAGGAGAGCAAUUAGUGGUACGACCAAUAGGAAAGUGGCUACGUGUCUGUAAUAAAUUUGCAAGGGUGGGCAGGUGGGAUGGUUAUAGCAUAGUCAUAGCAGUAGUCGUACAAAAGUGGUGUAACGAAGGUCCGAUAUAGAGCGAUUAUAACUAGUACUGCCCAUCACAAUUAGCAGCUUAACCAAUGAUAGCAGAGCAAUUAGUGGUGCGACCAAUGGGAAAGCGGCUGUGUGUCCGUAAUGAAUUUGCAAAGGUGGGCAGGUGGCCGGGAUGGAUGCCAGGUUAUGUUAUGUUGAGUCAUAGCACAUAGUCGCACAAAAGUGGUGUCACGAAGGUCCGAUAUAGAGCGAUUCUGACUAGUACUGUCCAUCACAAUUAGAAGCUCAACCAAUGAGAGCAUAGCAAUUAGUGGUGCAACCAAUCGGAAAGUGGCUGCGUGUGUCGUUACAUUUGCAUUUUCAUGUUUUGACAAACACAAAGGUGGGCCAAAUGCCAGGUUAGGUCAUAUCGUCUCGUAGCACAUAGUCGUACCAAAGUGGUGUUGCAUUCAAUACAGAAACGACACCAUUAGUCACCGAUUAGGGUAUUAUACCCUAUCACCCAAUAGAUACCGCGUUUUAGAUGAGUAAUGUUCACCAAAAUCAAAGCUGAUUGGUAAAAAAAGUCGCGUGAUUCUUUCUGACAUUUUUCAUAAUUGUACCUGUAUUUCAUUGUUAUUCAAAUGUUGUAUAUUACAUGAAAAGAUCCAUGUUUUCAACAUAUAUAUACUAUGGGUUGAGACAAAGUCUUUUGAGUAACCACUUUGAGCGAAUGCUACUUUGACCUGUGACUCAUUUUUUGUGCAUUCUGUAUAGAGGGGUCAUCGUUGAAAAAAAGGUAAGAUGAGAUGCAAUAUAUGUGCUUGUGGGUGCUUAUUAAAUGAUAGGUCCACUUGCUUCUGUAUACAAUUAUCAUACGGUA